UGUCGGCAUAAAUAUUUUGGAGUGUCGAAUAUUAGAUGUAGUAGAGAAUAGGCUGGAAUUUAAUGUCCAUAAAGUUUAAAAUAAAUAGUAUUAUACAUAGCAAUAUUUGUUAUUAAGAUCUUAAGGACUUUAUUUCAAUAUUAGAAACAAUUCCCAUGCACAGUAUAAGACGACAUAUUAAGAAAUGAGUGCACAUAAUGUGCUAUUUAUUUGUAAUAAGAUGUGAAACUAAUUUGGUACGUAUGCACAAUCUAAUAAGAGUCAAUACAAAAACUACCAAAAGUUAUGCAAUAAUACUCGGAGAGGCUGUGUGGGCUAUAUCUUCGUCUGAGAAAACAUUUGUAUUACAUGAAUAUAAUAAUUAGGUGCAUAAAACAAUAAUUACACGUACAUAAUGAGGAUAAUGAACAUAUUUUCUGAUUGUUGAGGGUUAUAUUGCAUUACAAACAGUACAGGACGUUACUUACGUCACGCGAUGUAAUCCAAUCAGAGCUCGAUGCUAGUGUUAAACCGAGUAGCGUUGGCAAAGUGUCAGGAGAGUAACGUAACACACACACAACGUAACACACACACUCAGGGUAAAUCUCAUUGACAUUUUACACACACCAAGAAAUGGCUUCAGGUGAUGCUUUCAAAGUGACUUCCCUGAAGGGAAAGGUGUGCUUGAUUACAGGUGCCAGCUCUGGGAUCGGUGCUGGUACGUCCGUCCUAUUUGCUCAGAUGGGAGCGGUGCUUGCCCUUAAUGGUAGAGACGUAGAAAAUCUGAAGAAAGUUGUCAAGGAGUGCACAGAGUGUGGUGCGGGAGCUGAGCCCUUGCUUGUACCUGGCGACCUGACUGACGAGGAUGCAGUGAAUAAGACGGUGGAGGACGUCAUUGCACACUUCGGCCGACUGGAUGUCCUGGUCAACAACGCUGGUAUCUUGGCCAUGGGUGGCAUCGAGACGUCAGACCUGGCAACGUACGACAAGGUCAUGAACAUCAACGUCAGAUCUGUGUACCACCUGACUCAACUCUGUGUGCCCCACCUGAUUAAAACCAAGGGCUCCAUUGUCAAUGUAUCCAGCAUCAACGGACAGAGAUCGUUCCCAGGUGUCCUGGCCUAUUGUAUGUCCAAGUCUGCAAUUGACCAAUUCACACACUGUGUCGCUCUGGAACUGGCAUCCAAGCAAGUUAGGGUAAACUCUGUGUGUCCCGGUGUGAUCGUCACAGAUGUACACAAAAGAGCAGGACUGAAUGAGACUCAGUAUGCUCAGUUCCUUGAAAAAUGCAAGCAGACCCACGCAAUGGGCCGACCAGGCAAGGUAGACGAGGUGGCUCACAGCAUUGCCUUCCUGGCAUCCGACGCCGCUAGUUUCAUUACCGGAGUCAACCUCCCCAUCGACGGGGGACGCCAUGCUAUGUGCCCACGAUAACCUUUACAUACUAAUAAUAAAACACAUCCCGGAUUUGAUAAUCAUGUUUUUUUUAAAUAGCGAAAUGAUACCCAA